AUGCCAAGUUGCUUUCCGAUAGCGAGCAAGACAACAGUAGCACAUGAUGUUAUAUUUGAUCCGUCACCAGGAUCAAUGGACAAUCCUAAUCGUGUUCUUAUAGUCAUGAAUGGUUUGAAGGAUGUCUCGAUUGAUUUACUCGAAUGGGUCCUCAAGAAUUUUACUUUCCGCCAUUGUUGCACUAUUACUAUCCUUGGUAUCUCACCCUGGCUAAACAUUCCACUCUCAGCAAAGACUUGGUCAGACAUUUGGAGCAUGGAUCUCGAUGAUUUGUCUACUGUGAGAGAGAGAAUUGAGUGGAAGAAUGAUCCCAAGUACCAAAAGGUUCAACGACUUGUUGACCUUUGCCAAAGUUAUGGGGUGGUGCCAGAGAUCAGAACUGAAAUGGGGCAUCCAAUAAGACUAUUGGUUGUUGAGCAAAUUAGCAGUCUGAAUGCUACGCUAGUGGUUUUCGAUAGACACCACGACAGGAAAAACAUAGAAUACUAUGCAGAGAAAGUCCCGUGCAACAUGGUGGUGGUGAACGACAAUGGAGAAGUCGAGUUGAUCAAGAAAAGAUCGUGUAUGGAUAGUGAAGCCGAGAACACACCUACAACUAUUGCUGAGUCCUCGGAUGCUGCUGCCAUAGCGAAUUGCUCGACCUCUAUAUUUUCUGAACAAUUGAAGAAGCGUCUCAAGCCAAAAUCUCGAGGGAAACAGGACAAAGAAUUGAAAAAUCUUGAUACAGAUUAG